AGAGGCAGCGGACAGACCGACCAAGACUGCUAGCCGCUCCAGGUCAAGGACUUGCCCCACCCGUGUUCCCCCCAGGCGCUCCCAACUCACUGGUGAGCGCGGCGGCCCGGGCGCUGAAUGCCGGGGCGGCCGCGAUGGCCCCGCGUGCGGGACAGCCGGGGCUCUGGGGGCCGCUGCUGCCGGGACUGCUGCUCGUGGCGGCGGCCUUGARCCGACCCGCCGCGCCCUGUCCCUUCCAGUGCUACUGCUUCGGUGGCCCCAAGCUGCUGUUGCGCUGCGCGUCGGGCGCAGAGCUUCGGCAGCCGCCGCGGGAUGUGCCGCCCGACGCGCGCAAUCUCACCAUCGUGGGCGCCAACCUGACGGUGCUGCGCGCGGCCGCCUUCGCCGGCGGGGACGCGGACGGGGAGGAGGCGGUGGCGACCAGCGUGCGCCUGCCGUUCCUCACUGCGCUGCGCCUCACGCACAACAACAUCGAAGUACUGGAGGACGGCGCCUUCGACGGGCUGCCCAGCCUGGCGGCACUGGACCUGAGCCACAACCCGCUGCGMGCCCUGGGCAGCGGAGCCUUCCGCGGGCUGCCAGCGCUGCGCUCGCUACAGCUCAACCACGCGCUAGCGCGGGGAGGCCCCUCACUGCUGGACGCGCUGGACGCCGCGCUCGCUCCGUUGGCCGAGCUGCGCCUCCUGGGCCUGUCGGGCAACGCGCUGAGCCGCCUGCCGCCCGCCGCGCUGCGCCUGCCGCUCCUCGAGCAGCUGGACGCGCAUCUCAAUGCGUUGGCCGGCCUGGGCCCCGACGAGCUGCGUGCGCUCGAGCGCGAUGGCGGCCUGCCCGAGCCGCGACUGCUACUCGCCGACAACCCUCUGCGCUGCGGUUGCGCUGCGCGCCCCCUGCUGGCCUGGCUGCGCAACGCCACAGAGCGCGUACCCGACGCGCGCCGCCUGCGCUGCGCCACCCCAAGGGCGCUGCUGGACCAGCCUUUGCUGGACCUGGACGAGGCGCGACUACGCUGCGCAGAUGGCGACGCCGACGGUCGUGGCGAAGAGGUGGAUGUCACCGGCCCGGAGCUGGAAGCCUCUUACGUCUUCUUUGGGCUGGUGCUGGCACUCAUCGGCCUCAUCUUCCUCAUGGUGCUCUACCUAAACCGCCGCGGCAUCCAGCGCUGGAUGCGCAACUUGCGCGAGGCCUGCCGGGACCAGAUGGAGGGCUACCACUACCGCUAUGAGCAGGACGCCGACCCGCGUCGCGCACCUGCCACGUCUGCCCCUGCGGGCUCCCGCGCCACUUCACCUGGCUCAGGCCUCUGAGCUUCACUGCCUGGGGGUUGAAGGCUGCCCCUGCCUCGCCUGAAGCCUUGGAGAUGAGACACCCGCAAGCUUGGAUCUCUUGAGACCUGCU